AUGGAACUGUAUAAUAAGGAUCCUUCAUAUGUCAAGCUUUUCCAAAAUUUGAACAUUAAAGGAGUUUCAAACAACCGUGCCAAACAAUUUUUAGAGAUUUUCAGUAAUUCCAUGGCUAUAUCAAAGGAUUCAAAUUUGAGAAUUUUAUGGGAGCUCUUAAAACCUCGUCUAGAUAUUGAACGCAGAAAAAAUACAUCAAUAUCUUACAAUAAACAAUUUAAACAAGAUCCAUCAAAAAUUAAAUCGGAAGAGGAGGAUGAAGAGAAAAAUCUUUCUCCAGGCGGAGUAUUUAGUAGUCCAUUUGGAUUUCCAAUGGAAGCCAGUUGGCCCUUUAGAAGAUAA